GCGAGAACGAAAUAGAUCCUUGGUCUCAGAUGCAGUUUCCAUUGGGUCGUACAAUAAAACUAAGUGACUAAGCCUCGAGCCUUGCCAAGAUUAUGCUAGCGUACAUAGGUACAUAGGUACAUAGUAUGCUCAGCCUGAAAUUAAUGGAUCCCCUUGUGGAAAUCGCUGACAACAACGAAUGCCUAUACCGUUAAUCAUUACCUAUCUGCCUAUAAGGUAGCAAUAGGAAUAAUAUCCCGGCGCCCCAUAGGGUAGUUGUGAGGGAAGUGGAAGUCAUAUGCGAUCGAUAACCCUAAACCCCAAAUCCGUCUAUGUACUACUCUCGCAUCUUGAUUUCUCUCAGAAAGCCUUGCCUUAGGAAAGACCUGCUUGGAGAACCAUAGCCUUAAUCUAUUUACUUCAUCACUUCCAUACUAAGGUAUUAUUAUAUACCUAGGUACUAGAAUUAGGUAGUAGUGCAUAGUGGCGGUAUUCGAUGGAAGUGACCUCUGGGCAAAACGUCGCGAGGCCUCCUCACUCAGAUAGAUGAAUUUCCAUCCGUUCCGUCUCGCCCUUAUCUCAAGGCUACUUCGUCUACAUCUCCUCUCUUCGGACUAUGUAAUUAAAUCAAUACUCUUUUUGCUAUAUCUUUGCCUAGGCCACACACUACAAGCAUACAAGCAUACAAGCAUUAAUAUUUCCAUUCGUAGCCUAAGCAACCCCCCCUCCCCCCAUAAUGGUGCGCUACCGUUAUAGUCCCCUUCCGGGACAGGACUAUAUUAGACUCGCUACCAUUCAUCCCGGAACAUUCGAAGACGACAUUAUCAUUUCAUUCCAUACUUCACCGUUUCCUGGUGACGUUUUGCCGUAUGAGGCUCUCUCAUAUGUAUGGGGUUCAGAUAAAAACUACACGCCGAUCUACCGAAUUCUCGUUACGCGAAAUUUAGACAUUGCCCUAAGGCAUCUGCGUCGUGAUAACACACCCCGGGUUAUGUGGAUCGACGCACUCUGUAUUAACCAAAAGAAUGAAGUCGAAAAAAGCCCUCAAGUCUCAAUUAUGGGGGAGAUUUUCCGGCUUGCUCAUCGGGUGAUUGCUUGGCUUGGACCGGAAGAAAAUGAUAGCAGUGGUGCUAUGUACCUCAUGGACUAUCUUGGGUCUCAGGUUGAAGUCGAUUUUGUGAAAAUAGAAAUGAGACCUGCGGCGGGUUGUACCGAUCCCAACAUCAGCAACCACUACAUCGUCCUUCCUUUCCAAGACCGAGAUGUUUACUCGAUUUACCACUUGAUGUGUCGACAGUGGUUUGAUAGACUGUGGAUUAGACAAGAGAUUUAUUUAGCCGGUCCGGAAGCAGUCAUUAUGUGCGGCCUCUAUCAAGUCAAGUGGUCAAGUUUUCGACGAGGUUUAGUAUGUAUCUGCAUAAAACGCGCCCAGGUGACGGACUUUUCUUAUCAAUAUAACGCCCGAAGGGAUGACCUUCAAGGAUUAAUCUUCCAGAGAAAAACCAAGUUAAUAGCUUUAAUCCGUAAUUAUAGUAAUACACGGUGCCUAGACCCGCGGGACCGACUCUACGCGGUCUUAUCUUUGUUAAACGACGAGGACAAGGCAUUGAUCCCAUCGCCAGACUACACUCAACCUUACGAUAAACUUUACACGACUGUUGUAAGAAACUGGAUUAAACACUACGAUUCCUUAACUAUACUAUAUCAGUGUCAGCUUCAGGGUGAUACAUGCUCGAGCUGGGUUCCCGACUGGUCGAAAUCGGAUGCCAGAUUCAAUGCACUCCUCCCAUGUUUAUAUGCUUCACCGUUUAAAGCCUGGUAUGAAUUCCCGCAGCCUAGAGUACUGAGAGUCAUGGGCGUACCCAAAUGUGCUGUCUCGGAAUAUCAUCAAUUACCGCAAAUGUCAAGCUACAGGAACAGCAUACUCGAGCAAAUACGAACCUUGCUGUUAAAGGUAGAUCUAAAGGAGCAGCACACAGCUGAAGACUAUGCUAGGGUACUCGUUUGCGAUCAAUUCGCUAGUAGCUACGAUCCACCCCAUUUUAAUUACCCGGAUUUCGGAGAGGCGAAACAAUGCGUGGAGUUCAUCAUGUCUAAUUGUGACAUCAACGGUGUCAACAAUCGGGACUUCGUGCGGUCCUUGGAGGGGUGCCGAUUAAUUCAGUGCACAGGUGGUUAUGUAGGGAUUGCUCCGGCAUCAGCACAACCUGGUGAUGAGGUUUAUACUCUACUUGGUUGCUUGGGUCCGUUAUUGCUACGCCCACAAGGCAAUAACAAAUUCAAGGUAAUUGGUAAUUGUUAUGUGCUUGGAUUAGCGUAUGACGAAGCUCUUCUCGGCCCUCUCCCCGUCAAUAUUCAGGCAAUCAUGUCCUAUGACAAAAGAUUCGACCGCUACGCUCCGGCUUUUAGCGAUCUCUCUUCGGGCAAGAUAUUCUACGAGGACCCGCGUUUAAAAUCACUGUCUAUAGAUCUCGAAGACUUUCGCGGAAGACUACAAAAGGAUCCCUGGGCACGGUUGCAUAGAGAACCACAUAUAUUCAGGGAACGUGGAGUGGACUUGAAAUGUAUUGAUCUAGGGUAG